GAGCCCGAAUGACACCAGCAGACACAACCGGUGGCUUCUCGCUCUUCUUAUUGUCGUUGUUGCCUUUUUUGUGGGUUUUUUUAAUCUCUGAGAAUUGAAGACUUUCAGAGAUGGGUGCCGGAUAAAAAGAGAUACUAUUUCAGAAACGGAGGUGUUAGGAGCGGCAGCCCGCGGCCCCGGUGAAGGAGCUUACAGCAGCCGGGAGGAGCAGGAGGAGGCGCCGCGGCCAUUGCGAUCACAACGGAAUUCAAUCUCCGGACAAUUGAAGCGUCGUCCCCGUCCUCUACUAUCCACCCGAUUCUGAUCCGGGAGAGUUCUGACCGGUGUCAUCGCCAAGAUAGCCGGGCCGGGCAGGAAGAGGCACAUCUCAGAUCCAGACCCCAGCGGCGGCAGUGACUCCGGCGCCGGGCGGCCCGUCAGCGCCAAGUGCUCGAAGAUGGCGAGCAGCAGCGGCGCGACCGGGAGCGGCGAGGCGCCGGUGGGCCGCCGCGGUGGCGCCCACCAGAGGAGGGGCCGGGACAACGGCGCCGACCCGCCCUCCUCCUCCAGCAGCAAGAAGAAGCAGAAGGACAGGGCCAACCAGGAGAGCAGAGAGGCCAAGAGGGCCGCCGCCGCGGUGGCCGAGGUCACCGCAGAGGUCAAGAAAGAUGUUUUCGUGGACUGGAAGCAGAAUGUGAAUGAAGUGACGGUCAGACUGCGCUGUGGGGAGGCGGUGCUGAGGGUGGAGGACAUCAACACCACCUUCACCGACACGCACUGCCACGUGGGCUUCCCAGAUGGCCGGCAGUGGAGCUGCCAGUUGCAGGAGGAAAUCGAGGCGUCGUGCAGCCGAGUCCAGUACAAGGAGAAGGGCGGCUUCCUGCACGUCGUCAUGCACAAGAAGAUCCCCUUUCACAUCUGGCCUUCGCUGAAGUCCAACAAGAAGGAGAAGGAGGUCGUGCCUCCGGAGACCAGGAAGGAGCCGGAGAGGAAGCCCGUUGCCUCGGAGCCAUCGGAGAAACCCAAAGCGUCCUCCUCGCAGCCGCCGCCAUCGCCCGCCUCGCCCGCACACAGCGAGUCGAGACGCGGCGGCGGUGGCAAAGCCGAGUGCGGCGCCAAGCGCGACAUGAAGAGCAAACCGCCGUGUGACGAAGCUGCCGCCAAGGAUUCCGUCGGGGCGAGGGGCGGAGCCUCAGACGACCCGACCGCCUCCAGCAAGCCUCAGGAACCCAGCGCCAAGCGCACCGUCGUACAGCCGGCCGCCAGGGAGGCCCCGUCACCGGCCGGCGAGGACACGCACGCGGCCCCGUCUACGGCCGGCGGCGAAGCUCCGCCCCCUCCCGCUGGCCCGAGCCCACAGACGCCACACGGCGGCGCGGAGAGACUCGGCAGCGGCCAGGAACAGGAAGUAGGAGGACGAGCCGACACCACUCGGGCGGCGGAGAAGCCAAACCGUCCGUCAGACGGCUGCGGAGCAUCAGCGGCAGGCGGCGCCGAUGGCCGACCGGCGGCGCCGGACCGCCUGGAACCCGUCGGCGUGGCGUCUGUAGAGACUCACGGAGACGGACUUGACUCUGAGCCGGAGGAGAAGAAGCUCGUCGAGCGGGAAGCGGAGCGCGGUUCUCCGACCGGCCGGCAGGUUGAAGCGGAGGAGGCGGAGUCGGCGCCGGCCGUCGCCACGCCAGACCAGCAGGACCAGCCGAAGGAGGAGGAGCCUCCUCUGGACAUGAAGCAGCAGGAAGUCCCAGAGCCGAUGGUGAACCUGCAGCUGAUGAAGAACGAUUCGUACGAGAAGGGCACGGACCUGAUGGUGGUCAACGUCUACAUGAAGGGGAUCUGCAGGGACUCGGCCCGGAUCAUCUUCAGGGAGCAGGACUUCACCCUCAUCUUCCAGACCAGCGACGCCAACUUCCUGCGGCUUCAUUCAGACUGUGGACCGAACACCGUCUUCAAGUGGCAAGUCAAACUCAGGAACCUGAUCCAGCCGGACCAGUGCAGCUACUCCUUCACGCCGUUCCGGCUGGACAUCGCCCUGAAGAAGAGGCACAGCCAGCGCUGGGGGGGUCUGGAGGCCCCCGCCCCACAAGGUGCAGUGGGUGGCGCCAAGGUCGCGGUACCCUCCAGCCCUUCCUGCAUGGAGAAGAGCCAGCCGGGCGGCAGCCAGCACAGCCUGCCGGCCCAGGAGGAGCCCCCGAGGGUCGGGGAGGAGAAGCCCAACAAGCCCCCCAAGGCCUCGUCCAGGGUGGAGGACGCCGUGGCUCCCCGCGGCGUCUCUGAGCACGUCGCCAUCGCCAAGCCGGAGCCCACGCCUAAGCCGACCUGCAUGGUGCAGCCCAUGAGCCACGCGCUGCUCGCCAGCAACGAGCGCCACGAGGACGAGGAGGAGAAGAAGGUGUGCCUGCCUGGCUUCACGGGGCUGGUGAACCUCGGCAACACCUGCUUCAUGAACAGCGUCAUCCAGUCGCUGUCCAACACCAGAGAACUCAGGGACUUCUUUCACGAUCGGGCGUUCGAGUCAGAAAUCAACUGCAACAAUCCUCUGGGGACGGGAGGCCGGCUCGCCAUCGGCUUCGCCGUGCUGCUCCGGGCGCUGUGGAAGGGAACGCAUCACGCCUUCCAGCCCUCCAAGCUCAAGGCCAUCGUGGCGAGCAAAGCCAGCCAGUUCACCGGCUAUGCCCAGCACGACGCCCAGGAGUUCAUGGCCUUCCUGCUGGACGGGCUCCACGAGGACCUGAACCGCAUCCAGAACAAACCCUACACGGAGACGGUGGACUCCGACGGGCGCCUCGACGAGGUGGUGGCUGAGGAGGCGUGGCAGAGACACAAGAUGAGGAACGACUCCUUCAUCGUGGACCUCUUCCAAGGCCAGUUCAAGUCCAAGCUGGUGUGCCCCAUGUGCUCAAAGGUGUCCAUCACCUUUGACCCUUUCCUCUACCUGCCCGUGCCCCUCCCCCAGAAGCAAAAGGUGCUCUCGGUGUUCUACUUUGCCAAGGAGCCUCACAAGAAGCCCAUCAAGUUCUUAGUGAGCGUGAGCAAGGAGAACUCCAGUACCGCGGAGGUCCUUGAAUCCAUCUCCAGGAACGUCCGGGUGAAACCGGAGAACCUCAGACUGGCAGAGGUGGGGAAGAACCGCUUCCAGCGCAUGUUCCUGGCGUCUCACUCCCUGGACACGGUGUCCUCCUCCGACACGCUGUUCUGCUUCGAGGUUCUCUCCAAGGACCUGGCCAAGGAGAGGGUGGUGCUGCUCCGGGUGCAGCAGAGACUUCAGGUCCCGAACAUCCCCAUCUCCAAGUGCGCCGCCUGCCUGAAGCCUCCCGUGUCCGAGGAAGACAAGCUGAAGCGCUGCACCCGCUGCUACCGCGUGGGCUACUGCAACCAGGCGUGUCAGAAGAGCCACUGGGCCCAUCACAAGGGCCUGUGCCGGCCCGUCAUGGAGAGCGUGGGCCUGCCCUUCCUGGUCAGCGUGCCGCAGUCCCGGCUCUCUUACGCCCGGCUCACCCAGCUGCUGGAAGGUUACUCCAGGUUUUCCGUCGACGUGUUCCAGCCUCCUUUCCAGUCGGGCCGGACGUCCCCCGAACCCUCGCAGAGCCGGGUGGACCUCCCACCUCCCGAGGGUCUGGGUCCGGGGGACGAGGCCGUGGGUGGUAGCGGUGAUCCGGUGCCGAGCCCCUCUCCGCUGCCGGAGUCCAAAGCGGACUACGCUCCGGCCCUCCACUCGGGGGACUCCGCCUCCCUCUCCUCCUCCCAGACCUCCCUCUCCACCACGCACACUGCAGACUCUGGAUUCUCUGAGCAGAUUUCCUCCUCCGCCGCCGCCUCCUGCGGCUCUCUGAACCCUCACGCCGAAAAGGAGACGUCGUGUGAGAAGGCGGUGCGACCAGAAGCUGCAGUAACGGGGUACCAGCAGCCGAGUGAAUCGGCGGCGGGUCACGCGAGUCAGUUCUACAUUGCUCUGCUGGACUCGAGCAACAAGGAGCAGAGGCUGGAUGAGAGAGAGGACCUUCUGGAGCUCCCUGAAGACACGAAGCUGCAGCUGGUGUGGCAGAACAACGAGCGCCUGAAGGAGUACGUCCUGGUGAGCUCCAAGGAGCUGGAGUACGAGGAGGACCCCGGCUCCCUGAGCGAGACGGUCAGAGCCGGACACUUCACCCUGGAGCAGUGCCUCAACCUCUUCACCAGGCCGGAGGUGCUCGCCCCGGAGGAGGCCUGGUACUGUCCAAAGUGCCAGCAGCACCGCGAGGCCUCCAAGCAGCUGCUGCUGUGGCGGCUGCCCAACGUCCUGAUCAUCCAGCUCAAGCGCUUCUCCUUCCGGAGCUUCAUCUGGAGGGACAAGAUCAACGACAUGGUCGACUUCCCCGUCAGGAAUCUGGAUCUCAGUAAGUUCUGCAUCAGCCAGAAGGACGAGAUGCAGCAGCCGCCCGUCUACGACCUGUACGCCGUCAUCAACCACUACGGGGGGAUGAUCGGAGGCCACUACACGGCCUACGCCCGGCUGCCCAGCGACAAGAACAGCCAGCGCAGUGACGUCGGCUGGCGUCUGUUCGACGACAGCACGGUGACCAUGGUGGAGGAGAGUCAGGUGGUGACGCGCUACGCCUACGUCCUGUUCUACCGGCGGCGGAACUCGCCCGUGGAGAGGACGCCGCGCUUCCACCGGCCAAUGGGAGCCGAGUCGCCCGCAGGAGCCGCUGCCAGCCAGGAACGCUCAGAUGUUGACGACGAGUCUCGUCUUCGUCGACGAGACGAUCGACGAGUUUCUGUGUUUCUGGACGAACGUAGAAAUGCCUCCAGCCAGUCGCUGUUUGGGGCCGACCUGGACCCCCAAGGCCUCCCCACGCUGACCCCGGAGGUCUCCGCCGACCUCUUCGGCCUCUCUGGAGACUGCACGGCGCCGUCCUACAGCAACAUGGAGGAGGUGGACUAGGACCGGGAGGAGAGCCAGAUCCGGAGCCCAGGGAAGCUCCGCCUCCUUUGCUAGAGACCCCGUCGGUGCUCGCUAACAACACGGGGCGUCCAGGUCUGACCGGUGCACCCCUGGAGGGACCUGAGGGACCUGGUCUUUGAGAACCUGGACCUGGUCUUUGAGGAUGUGACGGCGCUUCAGAUGCACAUAGGAAUGAACUAACUACACACACGCCCCUGAUUUACUCUCAUAGAUAGACUUACACACUUAUAAUAAGCUAGUUGUAUUCAUUCAGUGUACACACACACACACAAGCGACUGCACUUCUGUAAUCUGCGCUCCUGUGAGCAGCUCGUGAUGAAGCCACAGCCACGUGAGAGGAGGUCGGACCAACGCACCUUGUGGUCCCUUCUAACCUUUUACUAGACCUGUUGUUGUGUAUAUUGUUAUGUUUCUUUUCAUGGGGGUUUGUUUGUGGCAGGAUAUUAUGUAACCUGCAUCAACUGUAAAGAGACAUUGUGUGAGACCUGCUGCUUUUUGUUUUUACAUUUGUUUGUUUUUUGAUAUGGCGGGCUCACCGCUCCUGUCUUUUGCUGCUUCAUAAACUUCCUGUUGGUGUCUUCUGCUGUUGUGUAUUGUUUAGUUGUUCUUGUUUAGGUAUUCGAUUCUGUGGAUGCAAUCAUCGAAACGGCUUCAGUAUAAACUGAAAUGUGCAUGACCUGCAUGUUCAAUAUCUGCUUCUCAUGUCAUGAUUUCAGUUGUGUGAGUUGUCCAGUCUCUCCCCGCCACCUCUUCUUGUAAUAGACUGCGUAUAUAUCGCUAUGAAAUGUGGGGCUGGUUAAGAAUGCUGCUGUGGAUACAUAUAAAUGGUUAAUAUAAAUAAAAACAAUUUUGAGAUCUGCUUACCCUA